AACCCGUACAAUUCUCACAGAAGUUUGCAGGCGCGCCUAUUGUGUCACAACCAGUUGGGUAAAGUCUAAAUCCAUUAUAGAAAUUGCUAGCCAAGAGGUCGAUACUGCGUUAUAGAGGAGACAGUAUAGCGACGUUAACUUGCCUACUUCAACUUUAUCGUCAGGUAUUUUUGACUGCUGGAAAAUCAGAAUGGUGUCAGGUCGUGAUGGCUUCCUCUUGUUUAUCGGGGGGCUCGAUAUGAUCUUCGGGAACCUUCUAGUCAUAUUCGGGAAGGAUGCUUACACGGUCGCAAACGCAACCGCCAAUGACCAUGCAGCUAGAGGGGCACCUAUGUGGACCGGUGUUGGGAUUAUAAUGAUCGGUCUUGGGAACUUGAUCAUCGUUGCAACCAGAAGCAAGAAGAAGUCCCGUUCGCUGAUCAACUUUGGUUCCCUUAUGCUCAACCUGACCGGAGUUGUACUCUCAUCGCUCCUGAUCGGGUUCUACACAUGGGGUUCAUGGUCCGCCAUCUCCGCAAACCCGCAUGUUGUGAUCGAUGUCUCAGUGUACGCCACAGCCAUCUUAAUGGCCAUCAGCAUCUUCCUGGUCAGUUUGAUGGCGAUGUUCAUGGACUGCUGCAGCUUUGCCCUGUUCGGCGGCUACGGGGCAGAUAAUUACGGGCCACCAAGUCGUCCACGAUACUACGAUGGACAUUACGGUCCACCCGCCCACAUCUACAAACAAUAGACGUCUUCAGAAAAA